GAUACCAGACUAAGAGUCCAGGAAAUUCCUGCAGACUCUGAGGCAGGGAUUUUGGCUUGCGCGUCCACUAUUGGAAAAGCUGACAGUGUCGGAAGGGGGGAUUGUAACUGCCUGAAGUCGGAAAAAAAGAAAGACAGAGGCAGAGAAAAUAGGCCUCAUGCCAUCUUUAAGUGGUGUCUCAGUCUACUUUUAUCCGCCUGUCACACCCUGUGUGCACUAGCUUGGACUUCAGAUUGAGAGCCAUGGUCAGGAUGAUGACCCAGGAACAGUGCCCUCAUAGGAACAAUGUCCAGAGUACUGAAAAACCGCAACUGUAUAAAGUGGGGAUCUACGGCUGGCGGAAACGUUGCCUUUACUUCUUUGUCCUCCUCCUCAUGAUCCUCAUAGUGGUCAACCUCGCUCUCACCAUCUGGAUCCUCAAAGUUAUGAACUUCACUAUAGAUGGCAUGGGUCACCUGCGUAUCACAGAAAGAGGCCUGAAACUGGAGGGCGAUUCGGAAUUCCUUCAGCCGCUGUAUGCCAAAGAAAUCCAGUCCAGACCAGGAAGCCCAUUGUUCCUGCAGUCUUCUAAGAACGUGUCUGUCAACAUCCUCAACGAAAAGAAGCAAUUAGUAUCUCAACUCGUUGCAGGUUCUCAUGGAGUUCAUGCACGGGGCAAAAUGCUGGAGGUAAAAUCAAGUGCAGGAAAACUGCUCUUCUCUGCAGACGACCAUGAGGUGGUAGUUGGUGCAGAGAGAUUACGAGUUAUGGGAGCGGAGGGUGCAGUGUUCAGUAACUCAGUGGAGACCCCGCAUGUGAGGGCCGAGCCCUUCAAAGAGUUACGGCUGGAGUCUCCCACACGUUCGCUUUACAUGGAGGCACCUAAAGGAGUGAAAAUAGAAGCCGACGCAGGGGAUUUCCAAGCGACCUGUAGGAGCGAUUUACGCCUGGAGUCAAAAGAUGGAGAGAUCACCUUGGAUGCCAGGAAAAUCAAGCUCCUACGUCUGCCGGAGGGAAAAGCCCCCUCCCCCUCUGGAACUAGACAGACUGUCUUUGAGGUGUGUGUCUGUCCCAACGGAAAACUCUUCUUAUCACAAGCAGGAACUGGCUCCACUUGCCAGAUCAGCAGCAACUUAUGCCUCUAGAUACACACAAACUCACUUCCACACACACACACUACAUUACACUCAUACAUACAGAGGAAUCGUUCCUCUUGAAGAAACCAACGUUGACAAGAACCGAAAAGGAUUUCCUCAAGAUUCGUGAAAAUACUUUGUAAAACAAUGUUUGAACCAGAAACUUUCAAGGUGAUCACCAGAAAACCAUUCGACACAUCGUUAAAGUCGCGCAUACCUUGCUUUUUCUCAUUAGCGUCCUCUUUUUCAAUCAGAAUCAAUAUGUUUUGCUGAGGAAAGUACCGUGGGUGCUUUAUCUUGCAUACGCCACAUAA